CACUGGUAACAUGUCAGCAUCAAGAAAUAUGCAAUUUGUUGAAAUUAAUCCAACAAACACAUAUUUAAGUGGCGAACAACUCAUUAAGCACCGCCAUUUGGAAAUAGAAGCCCCGUGCGGCGGCCCUAAGCGCACACAGAAUGAAGGAAGUGCAGCUGAACUCGAGGAAAUUACCGCGGCUCUUGCCAAUCUGCGAGCUCAAUUGUCUGUGCCACGCAUUGAACGCCUCGGAGGGAGAGCUCUGGCCACUUGGGAUAAAGAACAGCAAGCUGCGGAAAUACUGCGCAAGGAUGGCAAAUUUGAGAGCUUUGGAUACAGCGUUCAGGGUAAACAAUAUUUGGAAUACUACGAGGCCCUGUUUCUUCUUGAGUUGGGUCGCCUGCAGCUGGAGUACCAUGGUGUGACUGUUUCAGUGGAGCAGGCCUAUGUCUUGCUGCUUGGAGAGCAGGAAAGCGAAAAGUACAGCAAUUACUUGGUUUAUUCAAUAAUGUCUCGUGCUGGUUACAUAGUGGUUAGGCAUAAGCGCCAUCAGCCAACAGCAGAAGCAGUGACCAGAGCAGAUUGCAUCUGGGCUCUGCUGGAUGAGAGGAUUGGGAAUAUCCCAAUUGCUGGACAUAUCAGAGCUUCACCGAUGUAUGCGCCUGUAGAGAAAGGCAUGGAAGAAAUGAAACAGCUAAUCAUGUGGCCAAAUAUGGAAGAUAACGAGAACAGCAGCGAACCGAUCGAUUUCAAAUUUGACACUCGAAAGCGAAAAUCAAAUACAGCGUCGAAAGGAGAUCCUGGCAGCAAGAAGGCAUAUAUAUUAACGAGCAAGAGUCUGAUAGACCUUCCUAAGACCGAAACGACAUUUUCAAGAUUUAAAAGUGUCUUUAACAAAUUCGACAUUGUGCAGCUUAAAAGCAGCGAUUACCCAUAUGAUGAUGAUACUCUACCUUCUCUCAAUAUAUCAUUUGACUUGCAUCUUCAUAAUGAAGGUUUCAAAAAGCGUACGCCGAAAACCCCUACGUUCAACGUAAUGAUUCUCCCGCCCGAUGCGCUGUUUCCCACACACAGUGAGGUUGCCCAGUGCCAGCGUCAACAGCGCCAUACAGCACCACUGCUCGUCGUGUCCGUUAGCGAAUCGAAACAGAUACAGGCGUUCCUGUACUAUAUUAGUUGAUGAUGUCGGGUUCUGCGGAUGUGCUACCUGAAUAAAUUGUACUUAUUGUUAAUUUACAUGCGCCUCAAAAAUUGCCCAUUGUGCCUAACUUAAUGUAACUACCACUCACUUUAUGUUCCACAAAGUGCUGACAGGAGAAGUUCUGUCAUUCGACGAAAAUUAGUUUAUUUGUAUGUACAUAUAAUUUUAGCUUCAACAAAAUUUA